CAAACUUUUAGCUUCGUAAUCACAGAAAGAGCUCUGAAUCAAAAAGCUCCAAAUUUCAAGUUACCCGCAACGAUCUCUCGAGCAAAGACGGUAAUUUUGGGAGAACUUUUGGAAUAAUCAAGAGGAACUAUGAACCGGUGGUCACGCAGUCGGAGCUCCGGCACCGAAAACCACUUCCCAGUAACAUGCUCCGACUUCGAUUCCCCAGCUACAUCGACGUAAACCGAUCCCGCUUCAGCCAUGGAGGUGAUUACACGACAAAAUCUCCGGCGACGGUAGAAAUCAAUCAAACCCGGAACAGAACCAGACAAUCUUGAUGGAGUAGUAGAUAGAGAGAGUACGAAAGCAGUCAACUUUGGAAUCGGAGUCACCAGCGCCAACAACAAUGGCUGCUUCGCUCGUCAGGAGUUGUUGCUCUCGUGCUUCGAGAGCCAUCACCACCGUCCGGUUUAUGAGCAACGUACCGGAGGACACGGUUUACGGAGGACCGAAACCGCAGAACUCGAAUCAGAGAGUGACUUUGACGCAAUUGAGACAGAAGCAUCGGAAAGGUGAGCCGAUAACUAUGGUCACCGCCUACGAUUACCCUUCUGCCGUUCACAUCGAUACAGCUGGAAUCGAUGUUUGUCUCGUCGGAGAUUCAGCUGCCAUGGUUGUCCAUGGCUAUGACACCACUCUUCCUAUCUCCUUAGAGGAGAUGCUUGUUCACUGUCGCGCCGUUGCUCGCGGAGCCAAAAGACCACUUCUUGUCGGCGAUUUGCCGUUUGGUACUUAUGAAUCUAGCACCAAUCAGGCGGUUGAUACUGCAGUUAGGGUGUUGAAAGAAGGAGGAAUGGAUGCUAUUAAACUUGAAGGAGGAUCACCUUCAAGGAUCACUGCUGCAAAAUCCAUUGUGGAAGCAGGGAUUGCCGUUAUGGGACAUGUUGGGUUGACUCCUCAAGCUAUCAGUGUUCUUGGUGGUUUCAGGCCACAGGGCAAAAACAUUGCUAGUGCUGUUAAGGUUGUGGAAACUGCUAUGGCUUUGCAAGAAGCUGGAUGUUUUUCGGUUGUUUUAGAAUGUGUUCCACCUCCUGUGGCUGCUGCUGCAACCUCUGCUCUUAAUAUUCCAACCAUUGGCAUAGGAGCUGGCCCUUUCUGCAGUGGUCAGGUUUUAGUCUACCAUGAUCUUCUGGGAAUGAUGCAGCAUCCACAUCACGCUAAGGUUACUCCAAAGUUUUGCAAACAGUACGCUCAAGUAGGAGAAGUGAUCAACAAAGCCCUCUUGGAGUAUAAGGAAGAAGUAUCCAAACACUUGUUUCCAGGUCCUUCUCACAGCCCUUACAAGAUCUCCUCAAGCGACCUGGACGGAUUCUUAAGCGAGUUACAGAAAUUGGGAUUAGAUAAAGCUGCUUCUGAUGCAGCAGCAUCAGCUGAAAAGAUGGAUCAUUCAGAUUCACCAUCUUCUCAGUGACAAAGCUGUUGCAAUUCUCGUAGCUCUUCAUUUUGAGUAGGUUGAAGAAAUAAAAAUCCUUUAAUAGGAUAGUUAUUAGCGGGUAAAACUAGUGUAAUCCAUAGGAGCUAUUUCAGAGUUCAGGGUGGUGGCUUGAUUAAUAAAACAAAGAGGAUAAUUAUAUGAGAAAAAUAAAGAUUCGUCCUCAUUUUGUUAUAAAUAUAAUGUAAUCAGUCAGCAUAAUAAAAAGCUCACGUUCAGUUUUAUGAGAAAAAAUAAAUUUUUGUACCCAUUGUGUAAUAUUGUAA